UAUAAGUUUAGGACGUUUGAAGAAAAAGGCCUCUUUCAACAUGGAGUCUGCUACCAAGCUGGUAUGCUAUUGGGGUGAGUUGUUAGGGCACAAGUAGGAGCUUGCCACAGCACUGUAUCAUCACCCUGCAACCUCGACAUACUAAACAUGAUGGCUGUUAAGAGAAAAGCGGAGGAUGAUCCCCUCGGCACUCCUCUGCAAAAGAAGCACCAAGAAGAAGAACAACAGCAUGACCAGGAGGGUACUGUCACAUGCCUUCAUGACGUGUCUUAUCCAGAAGGUUACAUACCCUUGCCUAAGGUACCCACUUCUUCAAAGCCUGCCAAGGACUAUUCUUUCAAGCUCGACCCCUUCCAGAGCGAAGCCAUCCAGUGCUUGGAGCACGGCGAGUCUGUUCUGGUGUCAGCUCAUACAUCUGCUGGAAAAACUGUUGUGGCUCUUUAUGCUAUAGCCAUGUCGUUAAGAGAUAAGCAACGAGUUAUAUACACUUCUCCAAUUAAGGCACUUAGCAACCAAAAGUUCAGGGAAUUCAGUGAGGAGUUCUCAGAUGUUGGUCUGAUGACUGGUGAUAUCACAAUUGCGCCAAAUGCAUCUUGCCUGGUAAUGACAACAGAGAUCUUACGGAGCAUGCAAUACAGGGGUUCUGAGAUUAUGCGUGAAGUGGCUUGGAUAAUCUUUGAUGAAGUGCAUUACAUGCGUGAUAGAGAAAGGGGUGUGGUCUGGGAAGAAAGCAUUGUUAUGGCUCCAAAAAAUUCUAGAUUUGUGUUUCUCUCUGCAACUGUGCCAAAUGCGAAGGAGUUUGCUGAUUGGGUUGCAAAGGUACAUCAGCAACCUUGUCACAUUGUUUAUACAGAUUUUCGACCUACGCCUUUGCAGCAUUAUCUCUUUCCCUCUGGUGGAGAUGGCUUGUUCUUAGUAGUAGAUGAGCAAGGCACUUUCCGGGAAGACAGCUUUCAGAAAGCAGUAAAUGCUCUUUGUGAUAAUGGAAACAAGAAAACUGGGAAUUGGCAAAAGGGAAUGAAUGCAGGUAAAUCUGGCGAAGAAAGUGACAUUUUCAAGAUUGUUAAAAUGAUAAUGCAACGGCAGUAUGAUCCAGUUAUUGUAUUCAGUUUCAGCAAGAGGGAUUGUGAAAUUCUGGCUAUGCAGAUGGCAAAGUUGGAUUUGAAUGUUGAAGAUGAGAAAAAGCUUGUGGAUACCAUCUUCUCUAGUGCCAUGGAUUCACUUUCAGACGAUGACAAGAAACUCCCACAAGUUUCUCGUAUUUUACCCCUACUCCGGCGAGGCAUAGGAGUGCAUCAUUCUGGUCUGCUUCCUAUUCUCAAGGAAGUGAUUGAGAUACUCUUUCAAGAAGGAUUAAUCAAGUGUUUGUUUGCGACAGAAACAUUCAGCAUAGGUCUGAACAUGCCUGCAAAGACAGUCGUAUUUACAAAUGUGCGCAAAUUUGAUGGUGACAAGUUCCGCUGGAUAUCUAGUGGAGAGUAUAUUCAGAUGAGUGGACGUGCUGGAAGGCGAGGUCUUGAUGCACGUGGUAUUUGCAUUUUAAUGAUUGAUGAGAAACUGGAACCGUCUACUGCAAAAAUGAUGGUUAAAGGUAGUGCCGAUCCUCUCAACAGUGCCUUCCAUCUGAGCUACAACAUGCUAUUGAAUCAGAUGCGUUGUGAAGAUGGUGAUCCAGAGACGUUAUUGAGACAGUCAUUCUACCAGUUCCAAUCUGAUCGUGCACUUCCCAGUCUCCAGAAACACGUGAAAGAUCUGGAGGAGGAAAGAAACUCUAUUGUGAUUGAGGAAGAAGAUAAAUUAAAAGAUUAUUACUCUGUACUGGAACAGUUCAGGAACUUCAAAAGUGAUAUCCGUAAAAUUGUAUUUUCACCUAGGCAUUGUUUGCCAUUUCUGCAGCCUGGAAGGCUUGUCCGUGUACUAAGCUCAAGUGGAGAAAAAGACAACCCAUCUAUCUCACAGGAUGAGCAGUUGACCUGGGGCAUAAUUGUUAACUUUGAGAAAGUCAACAAUAAAUUCAAAGUUCAUGGAGAAGAUGUAGAUGUAAGACCAGAAGAUGCCCAGUAUACUAUUGAUGUCCUGACAAAGUGCCGAACAAAUAAAGAUAAUGGUCAGAUAAAGUUCGUUAAGACUGUUCCAUGGAGUGAAUCAGGAGAACCACUUGUUGUGGCUUUACCACUUUCUCAGAUUGACAGCUUGAGUGCAAUUCGUGUUUACCUAUCUAAGGAUUUGCUUCCUGUUGAAACACGUGAAAACACAUUGAAGAAGAUUGAGGAGGUUCUGAAACGCUUUCCAGAUGGGGUGCCACUUCUAGAUCCAGAAGAUGAUAUGCAGGUGCAGAGUGGCUCAUACAAGAAGGCUGUUCGCCGAUUGGAAACUCUGGAGGGAUUACUUGUUAACCAUACUGUUUCAAAGUCUCCCAUUCUUCAAAAACGCCUAAAAGUACUACAAAAGAAAGUAGAAUUAACUGGAAUGAUCCAUGCUGCUCGGAGAGAGGUCCGUGCUUCUACAUCAUUGGCUUUCAAAGAUGAAUUGAAGGCACGCAAGCGGGUACUUCGGAGAUUAGGGUAUGCAACAAGUGAUGAUGUUGUGGAACUGAAAGGGAAGGUUGCCUGUGAAAUAAGCAGUGCUGAUGAGUUGGCUCUUACAGAACUCGUAUUCAAUGGUGUGUUCAAGGAUAUUCCAGUUGAGCAAAUGGUUGCUCUUUUGUCAUGUUUUGUUUGGCAAGAGAAAUUGAAAGAAAAGAAAAAGCCAAGGGAAGAUCUUGCCAGUCACUUGUCUCUGCUACAGGAUACUGCCCGAAGGAUAGGUCAAGUGCAGCUUGAAUGCAAGGUGCAAAUUGAUGUUGAAGCCUAUGUUGAAUCUUUCCGACCAGACAUUAUGGAGGCAGUUUAUUUGUGGGCAAAAGGUGCAAAGUUCUUUGAAAUAAUGGAGAUUACCGAAGUCUUUGAGGGUAGUUUGAUUCGUGCCAUACGAAGGUUGGAAGAAGUCCUCCAACAAUUAGUGCUAGCUUCAAAAUCCAUAGGAGAGAUUCAGUUAGAAGAAAAAUUUCAGGAGGCAAUCACAAGAAUUAAAAGAGAUAUUGUUUUUGCUGCAUCUCUGUACUUAUAGAAUAAGACAGUAAUAUUAUUUAUCCAAUUUUGCUAGAGGAGCUUAUAAAACUAUUCAUAUAUUUUCUUAUUUGUACGUGUAACAGUAAUGCAUAAAUAAACAAUUUGAUCGUCUAUGAUUAUGAGGAAGUUGCAAAAUCGCAUACAAGGCAACAAGCUUCCUGCUAUUGCAAUUUGAAGCAUUUAUGUAUGCAAUUUUUGAUGA